AUGUUCAAUUGGCAGAACAUCGUCCUGCUCGUCCUCUCCUACGUCGUAAUACCGCGCCUCACCUUCCUUCCCUCCUCGCUGCACACGCUCCUCAUCGUCUUUGGCCCGUUCCUCCUACCGCGCGUGAUAAACCUACUCAAUACGAGCCGCGCAGCUUCACGAAGCGUCCCCGUCCGCCCGGUACCUACGAAGGUACAGCGCGCGCUGAAUCUGCUACUCCUGAGCACCAUCGUCUGUCUAGCGCUCAGCUUGCCACGAUUCGCAGAGGAGAACAUAUUCCUCCGCACGCAGAGCAGAUGGCAGAUCGAGCCGAACGUGCUCUUCACGCGGCUCGGCCUGCUGCGGGAGCUUACGCCCGAGGAUGAGAUGUUAAGAGAAAAGUUCACAAUAAACAGCGCGAACAAGAUGCUGUACUUUGCAUUUGGCCCAGAUACGCUGCUCAACUGCCUCUGGUGCAAUUCCGCCGCUUCCUCCAACCCCAACAGAAACUACUUCUUCUACGCGCUCCCAAAGUUGCUCACGCCGCACAUCACGCACCUCGCUGUUCUUGGGAUCGCCACUUCUUCGAUGAUCGGCCCAGAAGGCAAUCGUUUCCGAACACACGCUACAAUCGCGGGACUCGCACUAUUAGUGACAGAAACUUGGUAUUUGGGCACAUACGACCCGGCCUCCAACAAGCGUGCGAAGGUCCUCCAAGAAGUAGAUUUUGCGCACUGGCGCGUCCGCGUCCUACGUUACCUCGCCUUCGCUCUCGUCGACGCCGCACUCACCGCAACCCUUUACCUCACGUCCACGAACCGCUGGCUCGCGCGACCCGAACCCAUCGCCAACCGCCUCGAAUCUACCACUAAGACCGCGGAAGAAACACUGCAUAAGCUGCGCGCGCUAGGUCUGCUGGAAAAUAGCAUCAACCGAGAUCCUGGGCUAAGGCUGGUGAGGGAGGAGUACUGGCGCACCGAAGGACAGGUCAUGUCUGAGGCAGUGGCGGAGCCAGAAGUCACAGAGAAGAUCAAUGCGGCCAUUGGGAACAUGGAUCUCACUGCUUUAGAAGGCAAGGUUGGGGAGGUUGCGGACGGGAUUCUAUCUGCUAUCGAUGGGCUGAGGUCGAGCCAAGUGUUGGCGAGCAGUGGGACGAGUGAAGGUGCCAUGACAUAA